ACUCACUCGUGUUUUAACUAUGAACUGCUCCAUUUCCGGCGAGGUGCCGGAAGACCCAGUGGUGUCUAAGAAAUCCGGUCUUCUUUUUGAGAAGCGGUUAAUUGAGACGCACAUAGCGGAUUAUGGAAAAUGUCCAAUAACUGGAGAACCCCUUACGUUGGAUGAUCUUGUACCAAUCAAAACAGGCAAGAUAGUGAAGCCCAGACCAGUGCAGGCAGCUAGCAUCCCUGGCAUGCUUGGAAUGUUCCAAAAUGAAUGGGAUGGGUUGAUGCUAUCUAAUUUUGCAUUGGAGCAACAAUUGCACACAGCCAGGCAAGAGCUAAGUCAUGCUUUAUAUCAGCAUGAUGCUGCAUGUCGAGUGAUUGCAAGACUUAAAAAGGAACGAGAUGAAGCUAGGUCAUUGCUUGCAACAGCAGAAAGGCCAUUCCCAGUGUCAGCGAAUGCUAUACCGGCAAAUGUCUCUGGCUUGAGCAAUGGGAAAAGAGCUGCUGAAGAUGAUGAGAUGGCACAUGGUGGAAAGAAAAUGCAUCCUGGAAUAACUUCUGCAAUAAUUUCUGAGCUAACUGACUGCAAUGCUGCUCUUUCCCAGCAGAGGAAAAAGCGACAGAUUUCUACAACAUUGGCUCCUGUUGAAUCUAUAGAGGCUUAUACCCAGAUAUCUAGCCACCCCUUCCACAAAACAAACAAACCGGGCAUUACAUCUCUUGACAUCCUGUAUUCUAAGGACUUAAUUGCAACUGGCGGUAUUGAUAUGAAUGCUGUUAUUUUUGACAGACCAUCAGGACAAAUAUUAUCUACACUCAGUGGUCAUUCUAAAAAGGUAACCAGCGUAAAGUUUGUAGCUCAGGGCGAAUCGUUAUUAACCAGUUCAGCAGAUAAGACGGUUCGUGUGUGGCAAGGCUCGGAGGAUGGUAACUAUAACUGCAAACACAUCCUGAGGGAUCAUACAGCUGAGGUACAAGCUGUCACUGUCCAUGCCACCAAUAACUACUUUGUGACUGCUUCACUUGAUGGCACUUGGUGCUUUUAUGAUCUGUCUUCAGGAACAUGUCUGACUCAGGUUGCAGACACUUCAGGUUCUUCUGAAGGCUAUACUUCUGCAGCUUUUCAUCCUGAUGGGCUCAUUAUUGGAACUGGCACCACAGAUGCUCUUGUUAAGAUCUGGGAUGUAAAAAAUCAGUCAAAUGUUGCUAAAUUUGAUGGACAUACAGGAUCAGUAACUGCCAUAUCCUUCUCUGAGAAUGGGUACUUCCUUGCGACUGCAGCUCAUGAUGGUGUAAAGCUUUGGGAUCUACGCAAAUUAAAGAACUUCCGAAAUUUUGCUCCGUAUGACUCAGAAACUCCGACAAACUCAGUUGAGUUCGAUCACAGUGGAUCUUACCUUGCAGUUGCAGGCUCUGAUAUCAGGAUUUACCAAGUCGCAAAUGUGAAAUCUGAAUGGAACUGUAUCAAAACUUUCCCAGAUUUAUCUGGAACAGGGAAAGUCACCUGUGUAAAAUUUGGUCCAGAUUCAAAAUACAUAGCAGUGGGGUCAAUGGAUCGGAAUCUUCGAAUAUUUGGCCAACCUAGUGAAGAUACUCCAACCGAGUCGUAAGCUGCUGUGGUGACCACAGCCCGAAUUGUAUUUAGUUCAUGAGUGACAGUUGCUGCAUGCUAUUGAUGCCUUGGUCUAAUUGCAUGGAUGAGAAAAAUUGUAUCAGUUUUUACUUUUUGAGCUUUAGUGUUGGUCCUUGAUAUGCCCAUAUGGGGGUAUGGGAUGGGGCAAAUGUAGUUUCAGGCUUGAUGCACCAACAUUACCUCUGCCUUGCCCUGGAAUACCUAGAGGACUAAGUUGCAAUUUUUGCCAUGUCAUCGAAACCUAAUGCAUAUGUUGAAUAUUGGGUUAAUGGUCAAAUUGGUCCCAAAAGAUCGCACGAUUGUCAUUUUCGUUCCCGAAUAAUUUUUUUUUAA